UUGUGCCCAGAGGAAGUUUACCAAAGCGGCGCUAGGACCAAGCGGAAACGGGUCACCGACACAUUUUACAUAGUGGGAGGUUUCACUUCGGCUGGAAUUUGAACAAAGUUCCUCUUAAAAUCAUUGUUACCUGUAGCGGUAAACUUUGUAUUUAAAAAAAAAAGAAACGCGUUGUGAUCUAAAACGCAAAUCUCAGUUGACCAGGGCGUGAGUUGUUGCGUCUAUGUCUUCUUCCGUUCUCUCCCCUGUGAUCUUCCUAAAAACACCUGCGUGAUUCAGGUAACUCACCGGUGAAGAGGGAAGUUGUUGGGCACUGAGCGGCGAAAAGUCUGUCCUGCAGGGAUGUGUUCCAGUCGGGGUAUAUGUGGCGACAACAAUCGUCCUAACAGAUCCUCUGGCUCGGAAGGCUCCGGUUCAGGCGCUCACUAUGCACUUUGCGCCCUGGGAGUAGGACUCAUUGCCCUGGGUAUUGUCAUGAUUGUGUGGACUGUGAUACCGUCGGAUGGACAUGCCCCGACCGGGUCCCCCACCCUGUCAGACAACUCCACCACAGGGUCUGGCGGCAUAGAUCCAGGAGAGGGUAAAGACACCAAUUCUUCAACAGUGGCCUUGGUGCUGGUUGGAGUUGGGGCAGCCAUGCUGUUUUUAUCCAUUUGCCUUGGUGUGAGGGGCAAGAGGAGACGACACAAUGCAAGUAGAACGCCAGCUGCAACAGGAGUCCCCCUUGUGACCCCUGUGGCAGGGCAGCAGGAGUUAACAGCUGCAGCACAGACAGCAUUAAACGUGCCGAGCUACGAUGAGGUCGUUGGCAGUAAUGACUAUCCUGUCCGCCAGAGCAACCUUCGCCAUAGCACCUCCCAGCUGCCGUCCUACGAGGACAUCAUAGCUGCUGUGGAAAACGAGGGAACAGGGCCCAAUGACAACCCCACAGAGGAUACCCCUCUUAAUGAUGCCCCACCAGCUCCAGCUGAAGCUGCCGCUGAGCUCCAGGCUAACCCUUCUGGCCUUACAUCCAACCACAGCCUGCCCACUCGCAGCAGCAGCCGGGCCAGCCGUUUACUACGGCCCCUCCGGGUGAGGAGGAUCAAGUCAGACAAACUGCACCUGAAGGACUUCCGCAUCCAAAUCCGCAGCCCCACACAAAAUCCAGUGACCAUUGAACCCAUCACUCCUCCACCGCAGUAUGACAAUAAGAUGCCUGAAUUAGGGUAGUGUUUCUCCCUUAUUUUCUGCUCCCAAUGAAUGAAAAUAUCUCUGUUUUAAAUGGACUAAUGAUUACAAUUCUGAGAACCCAUUUUAAAGGUUGUUUUUUAGUAGGUUAAAUGUGGCUGCGAGCAGCGUGAUCGUAGCCUGAAAUGAGAACAUUGUCUUUAUCACUGAAGCUUGUGAUCUGCAUAUUUAUUCUGUUACUAAGCAUAACUAAGUCUGUGUGAAAGGAUCGGAAGUGUGUAGCAAAGUGUGUUGAAAUAGACAAAACCCUGAACUCUUUUAUUUACAGUAUGUUUCUCAGCUUACCAGGAAUUCUUAAUGUUACUGUAUGUUGAUUCUAAUUAGUUGUGGAAAAAUGUAAACCAAAAUGUUGUGAUUCAAAAGGGAAACUAAUUACAUAAGAGAUUUUGAAGUGGUAUUAAGUUUCAUAAGCAUUAGACGUACAAUCUUUUUGUAAUUUGUAGCUAAAGGAAAUACACUAAGGUCAAGAAUGUAUGAUUGUUUGAUGAUUUGUAGGUUGUUUUUAAAUCUAGUGUCUUAAACAAACUGGCUUUUAAUGAAUGCCAUCUGCAUGGCGUCCAGUGUGAACUGCAAAAUACUAGAAACACUGGGAACUAUUAUUAUAAAAAUCGGUGAGAAAACUUUUGGAUAUUCUGGUAUGGGAUUUUAACAAUUAAACCUGCAUUUCUGUAUAGGACAUUUUUAAGUAUUUAGAUGUGUAACUGUGCUGUAUGAUGUUUGUAGUGGUGAAUAAAUGUUUUUCUAUUUCAUUUAGGAUUGUGUCAAGAUUUUAUAUUUUUGUUGCACAAUGUCACACUAAAUGUUGUUAGUGUUGUGUAUGUUCAAAUUCCUUAAACAUGGUACCGAUAAGAUGCCCAAACUGUGUAAAAUAAGUAAAUCUACUCAUACACACAAACAAAAUUUAUUGUUCCUUUUUU